UUGCCUCCCCCAACCCUCUCCUUGCUACUCCUCGUUGCCACUGCAGGGCUGACAUUUGAACAUGCUUAGAUACGCCAAGACUUUGGAAGACAACUCAGAUGACUUGCAGUGUUCCUUGUCACCAGCAGAUUAAUCCAGAACCAGCCUGCACUACUGCGUCUUGGCCUAAGCCUCCCAGCCAUGACCGAAGGCAAGGCUUUGAAAGUCCGGGUGACUUUUGCCAUCAUUUUGAUAGGAGUCGUCUUAAUGUUCACAGCGGUGGUGACGGACCACUGGGCCGUGCUGAGUCCUAAGGUAGAAGAGUACAACGCUACCUGCGAGAUGGCCCACUUUGGACUCUGGCGGAUCUGUAUAAAACGGAUCUUCAUGAAAGAGAACGAGACGGACAAAGAGCAGGGUUGUGGGCCAAUAAGCCUGCCGGGAGAACACAAUUGUUCAUAUUUCACACACUUUGUCUCAGGAGAGAGCACGGAAAUAUUUGAAGUAUCGACUCAAAGAGAAUACAGCAUUUCUGCAGCUGCCAUUGCCAUCUUCAGUGUCGUCUUUUCCAUCAUUGGAACGAUUAUAGUCCUUUUAUCCUUUAGGAAAAAGAUGGAUUAUCUCCUGAGGCCAGCUUCCAUGUUUUAUACAUUUUCAGGCUUGUGUAUUAUUGUAUCUGUGGAGGUCAUGAGGCAAUCUGUGAAGAAGAUGGUGGACAGCGACGAUACUGCCUGGAUUGAGUACUACUACUCCUGGUCUUUUGUCUGUGCCUGUACCUCUUUCGUCCUGCUCUUUCUCUGUGGAGUUGCUCUCCUCAUCAUCUCCUUGCCUCGCAUGCCGCGGAACCCAUGGGAGACGUGUAUGGAUGCCGAGCCAGAGCAUUAAGCCACGGCAACUCCUAUUGCCAUUUAAGUAACAUCAUACCCUCCUUGAUGGCCAGAAGGUCAGCUAUAUAUAGAUAUUUUAACAGACCUCUGGACUCAGUGUUCAGCGCCUGAAACAUUUUGGGGUAAUACCUGUUUAUAGAAUCAAACGAGAGUUUAACGCAAAGACAUUUUCUAAUGUGUUAAAAUUGCUAUCUUUAACAACUUGUAUAAAUAAUUGUGCUCAGUUUGUAAUGCUGACCCCUAAUAUAGUUAAAGACAAAGCAAUGUAAUACACCAGCCAAGAGGGAGAUGUAUUUUGUCCAAGUAGGGCACCCACCCACUCUUGGAAAAGUAUAUGUGGAAAUGAGAUGUGUAAGCCAUAUUCUGGCCACCUUGUAAACAAUUUAUUUCAUUUGGCAACUUGAUGAGUGAACAUCUGUAAAUAAUGCUACAGUUUGUGGAACAUGUGAUUUUCUUGAGUGCAUUAUAAAUAAUAAUAAUAAUAAUAAUAAUAAUGAUAAAAUUUUAAGGCUUUGGGUAACACAGGGAUGGAAAAGUCUUCCUCAACACAUUGCAACGUUCUGCUAUUUUGUGCCAGCUUUUAUGACCUACUUCUUGUGUCCACUGAGUCCAUUGAGAUAUCACAGCACAGGGAAAUGCUGACGGCAGUGAAAUUAUACUGCUCAAGAUCUCAUUCUUUUUUAGCAGCGUCAAUGUAUGCCAGGAUAGGUGUGUUGGAUCCCAUACUUGCAAAGAGGGCACUGCAACCAUUGUAAAAUUUCUGGUUGGCUCCCCAUGUCCCAAGUCAAAAGGGAUGAAGGGGAGUGGAGGGGGUGUUUACAAAAUGACUUGCUGCAUUGAAAAAAGCAUUUAAGCAACAUCGAGGAAAAUGAUUCAACCGCACCUACGCAAGGCUCUAGCUACUACUCUAGUUGAAACACUGCUGCCUCUUCAAUGUCUCAUCUUUCUAAAGCGCUUGCUGAAAGCAAUGGGCCUCCAAAUUUUGUUGGACUGUAAUUCCCAUUAUCCCUCAUAAUUGGUUAUGAUGGUUAAAGGAUGACCAAAGUUGUGUGUCUGUAAGGCUAUGCCUCCUCCAUCCUUUAUUCAGCAGAGGCAACUACAAAGUUGACAUUAGCUUGAGGAAAUGUUUCAUCUUUUUUAAAAGUAAGUAGAGUCUCACUUAUCCAAAUGAUUAAGGGUCUGGAGAACAAGCCCUAUGAGGAGCGGCUUAAAGAGCAAGGGCAUGUUUAGCCUGCAAAAGAGAAGGCUGAGAGGAGACAUGAUAGCCAUGUACAAAUACGUGAAGAGAAGUCAUAGGGAGGAGGGAGCAAACUUGUUUUCUGAUGCCCUGGAGACUAGGACGUAGAACAAUGGCUUCAAACUACAGGAAAGGAGAUUCCACCUGAACAUAAGGAAAAACUUCCUGACUGUGAGAGCUGUUCAGCAGUGGAACUCUCUGCCCCGGACUGUGGUGGAGGCUCCUUCUUUGGAGGCUUUUAAGCAGAGGCUGGAUGGCCAUCUGUCGGGGGUGCUUUGAAUGUGAUUUCCUGCUUCUUAGUGGGGGGUUGGACUGGAUGGCCCAUGAGGUCUCUUCCAUCUCUACUAUUCUAUGAUUCUAUGAACAGGCCGGCAGAAUGUUGGAUAAGCAAAAAUGUUGGAUAAUACGGAGGGAUUAAGGAAAAGCCUAUUAAACAUCAAAUUACAUUAUGAUUUUACAAAUUAAGCAUGAAAACAUCAUGUUUUACAACAAAUCGACAGAAAAAAAACAGUUCAAUGCAUGGUAACAUUAUGUAGUAACUACUGUAUUUACGAAUUUAGCACCAAAACAUCGCAAUGUAUUGAAAACAUUGACUAGAAAAACAUUGGCUACUAACAAAUUGACUACAAAUAAAGAUGGAAUUGCAUAAAAUGAAUUUGCAGUAACAACAUUGUCAGAAGUUAAGUCCGUAAAAAGUUCAGUCUUUGCUGCCUAGAGAAACAGCUGUGGAUCCGGGCACACUGCAUUGGAUAAUCCAGAGGCAGACUGCAUUGGAUAAUCCAGAACGUUAGAUAAGUGAAGGUUGGAUAAGCAAGACUCUACUGUAGUUGUAUAUUGCCCCUCAGCCUGCCAGAACCUUCCUUACAAUCAGAAGAAAAUUGCACUAUUUUAGGACUUAAUAGCAUUUGUGACUUUAAAAAAAUAAAAUGUGUGGAGUUGGCAAGGAACGGCUUAGGGCUACUUGAGUCUGGGAUCUCAGCUCUAAGACCAGCAAACAGUUUUGGACUUCCGACAAACUGGCAGAAAGGACUAUUUGGAAGGCUUCCUGAAGACAGAGAUACCACAAAUCAUUUGGCGCAUGUACAACAGUAGACAACUGCACAGAGGACAUGGGACAUUUUUCUACCCUAUGGUCACCUGGCAAAUGAUACCUUCACAUAUCAGAGCAUCAGAGGUGUUGUGAUGUCACUUUUUGGCUGCCAUUUUGAUGGAUGGUGAAGUUUGGGAGCUUUAAAGAAUCAAGAGAAGCACAUCACAGUAGUCUGGACACCUAUUGUGUAGUUGUCAGGCAAAAGAAAUCACACAAAAGUGCUUCCCAUAAAACAUUAGUCUGGGAUUUUAGAGAGCUUUGGGAAAGCUUCAUGCCUGCACUUAGGGGUCCCAAGGACUACAAGUUGCCACCUUUGAAGUGCAGUAUGACAGGUGUUAAAUCACGUUUCUUAGUUUGGGCAUAACCAGGGCAUUCAGAAUAUUCCCAAAAUACAAAAUUGUGGUGGGAGAUUUUGUGUCUCAUUAGGGGAGGAGUAAUAAUAACUUAUGUUAUUGGCCAUAUGUCAAUAUGGAUGGCCAUAUGCUGGGGGUGCUUUGAAUGCGAUUUCCUGCUUCUUAGCGGGGGGUUGGACUGGAUGGCCCAUGAGGUCUCUUCCAACUCUACUAUUCUAUGAUUCUAUGUGAUACUUCUCGCUGAGUAAAUAUAAAGGUCUUUCCCUGACAUUAAAUUUAGUUGUGUCCGACUAUGUGGCUUGGUGCUCAUCUCCAUUUCUAAGCGUUGUCCACCUCCAAGCUCAUGUGGCUGGCAUGACUGCAUGGAGCACCAUUACCUUCCCGCCGGAGUUGUACCUCUUGAUCUACACACAUUUGCAUGUUUUCAAACUGCUAGGUUGGCAAAAGCUGGUGCUAACAGUGGUAGCUCACUCCGCUUCCUGAAUUCGAACCGCCGACCUUUCGGUCAGCAAGUUCAGCAGCUCAGCGGUUUCAUCUGCUGCGCCAUCGGAGACUCCACACUUCUCGCUCUCUGGAUCCAAUUUAGAGUACAAAGCACAUUAAUGAGGCAGAAAUUAAAUGAUCAGCACUACUGUAAUGCAAUAUAUGACCUGACAAGAAUGUAACAAUAGAAUACCUUGAAAGGUCUGCUGUUUAAUAUUUAUUGUAUGUUCAGACCAGCUUUUAAUGCACUCACUGUGGUCUCCACUAAUUGGCUGCAUACCUAGUGCCUCUUUCCAAGAAACAUAAUGCAGUGCAUAUUAAUCUAACAAUGCUAUAGUUGCACAAAGGGCUAAAGUUUCCCUUCUUGAGAUAACACUGUAUUAAUUCAUAGUAAUUCAUUAUUGAUUCUGGAAGCCUUGCCUGCCUAGUCAAGUUCUAAAAGGUUAUCUUUUAGUUGGAGACCCAAUUUACAGGCAUAGGAAGUGUAGGUUGUAGAAUAAGUGUCUGUAUGCAGCGAUAGACAACUUGAUACACAUAAAAUGCAAACUGAAGCCAGAAAACCUAAGACUACCUACAACAUGGUCCAAAAUAGGCUGGUAUUUUGCGUUCCGAGAAGAUUAAGGUCUCUUUAUCUCAAGUUGAGCUUUGUGGUUUUCUUUGUAUUUACCAAGAGUUGCCUUUUGUAUCUAUACGUUUUGGUUUUCAUCACAAAGAAUGUAUUUCUUGGUUUCGUUUGUUGAAAUACCGUACUAAGAAUCACUGAAUCCUGGACAAGGCCUGGUAACCUAACAGUACUGCCAACAGCAAAAGUGCCCUGCAAUGUUAGCUCUGACAUUUUUAGCAUACACUACUAGCAAGCCUUUAUUCUUACUUCCAGAAUUCUGUUGAACAAGCCAAAAAAUGAUCAACUGAUACUCCAAGCUGGAAUCUGUUACACUAGUAUAAUAGGUGGAGCAGAGGGUUAAACCGCUGAGCUGCUGAAUUUGCUGACCGAAAGGUUGGUGGUUCAAAUCCGGGGAGAGGAGUGAGCUCCCACUGUUAGCCCCAGCUUCUGCCAACCUACGAAAAUCCCCGAAAAUAAGACAGUGUCUUAUAUUAAUUUUUGCUCCCAAAGAUGUGCUAGGUCUUAUUUUCAGGGGAUGUCUUAUUUUUCCACGAAGAAGAAUUCACAUUUAUUGUUGAACAAAAAAAAAGAACAUGUAUUACAGUAGAGUCGCACUUAUCCAACACUCGCUUAUCCAAUGUUCUGGAUUAUCCAACACAUUUUUGUAGUCAAUGUUUUCAAUAUAUCAUGAUAUUUUAGUGAUAAAUUCGUAAAUACAGUAAUUACUCCAUGGCAUUAAUUUGUAAUGAACUACUAUUUCUGUCAAAUUUGUUGUAUAACAUGAUGUUUUGGUGCUUAAUUUGUAAAAUCAUAACCUAUUUUGAUGUUUAAUAGGCUUUUUCUUAAUCUCUCCUUAUUAUCCAACAUAUUCACUUAUCCAACAUUCUGCCGGCCCGUUUAUGUUAGAUAAGCGAGACUCUACUGUAUAUACUGUACAGUAGUUGUCAUCACAAACCAACAUAACCGGACAAACUGUGAAUCCUAUUAAGAAUUUCUUGUUACUACCAUUAUUUCCAUGUACAACUGGUACAUUUACCAAUUCUGCAUGCUCUGGUGUUCUGUUUGGCAGGUGCCGGGCAUGCUUCCAAACAAAAACUUUGCUAGGUCUUACUUUCGGGGGAGGUCUUAUAUUUAGCAAUUCAGCAAAACAUCUACUAGGUCUUAUUUUCCGGGGAUGUCUUAUUUUCAGGGAAACAGGAUAGCAAUUCGAAAACAUGCAAAUGUGAGUAGAUGAAUAGGUACUGCUCCAGUGGGAAGGUAACAGCGCUCCAUGUAGUCAAGCUGGCCACAUGACUUAGGAGGUGUCUACAGACAACACCGGUUCUUCGGCUUAGAAAUGGAGUUGAGCACCAACCCCCAAAGUCGGACACGACUAGACUUAAUGUCAGGGGAAAACCUUUACCUUUACUUACUUAUAUAAGUACUUCUUUGAAUGUUGUACGAGUUGGUCAUUAAUAGCUCUCUGAAAGCAUGUUCUGUGCAUUCUGUAACAAUCACUAUUCAGUGCUUAGGGGCAGCUCUUUUUGAUACUGUUUUAUUAUCUGGGUGGAGGCCACUAGAGAGAGAAUAGUCAAUUUUACAGGGAGGGAGUUGAAGGAGGAAAAUAAUUUCCCCCAUUUUUGCUGGUUAUUCCCCCUCCCCCUUCCCAUAUCAUAAACAAGGGUUGUUUCCACGAUGACGACAUGGGUGGGGGAAUAACAGAAAAGCAGGGGGAAAUGGUUUUACUCCUUCAACCCACCCUCCACCCCUAUAAAAUGGACUAUCAUUCUCUCUUUAAACCCUCCCCAGUGGCCUCCUCCCAGAUAAUGGAACAAUACCCUCUUUUUGUUUUUCCCCAGUGGUUGGCUACAACAUUCUCGCCAACUGUCCUGAUAUGGUGUGGUCAGCCCAAUUAAAUCCUGUCUUCCUACUUUUUAAGCUGCUUUUAAAAUGUCCCCAUUUGUCUCUCCUCCUCCCCACUUUCGCCCCUUGUCCUCAGUUUAGCUACCGUGUUUUCCCGAAAAUAAGACAGUGUCUUAUAUUAAUUUUUGCUCCCAAAGAUGCGCUAGGUUUUAUUUUCUGGGGAUGUCUUAUUUUUCCAUGAAGAAGAAUUCACAUUUAUUGUUGAACAAAAAAUUGAACAUUUAUUAUAUACUGUACAGUAGUUGUCACCACAGACCAGCAUAACCAGACAAACUGUGAACCCUAUCAAGAACUUCUUGUUACUACCAUUAUUUCCAUGCACAACACUCUAUGGUACAUACAUUUACCAAUCCUGCAUGCUCUGGUGUUCUGCAUGCAGGAUUGGUAAAAAAAUCCUGCAUGUUUGGUGGACAUGCUUCCAAACAAAACUUUGCUAGGUCUUACUUUCAGGGGAGGCCUUAUAUUUAGCAAUUCAGCAAAAGCUCUACUAGGUCUUAUUUUCUGGGGAUAUCUUAUUUUAGGGGAAACGGGGUAUUGUUGCAAACUGAGUUCCAAAUGCAAAAAUUGAGAACUGGAAGGGGAACUGCUGAAACUUCUCCUAGUUUGUGCAUUUCUCUGCAUUCCUUUUGCCAUCAUGACCACACUCUCAUCUUACUUGGCUAUAUGGUUUUCUUCUGUGAGAUAUUAGAGGAUAAGCUCAGGCACUUUGCUUUCCAAAAUCUCUAGCAUGCAUGUCUGGGCAGGCUUGAACAUGCUAUUAGCAUUAAGUGGGAUUUGGGCCCUACCUCUCCAUCACACUCAUGAUUCUUAAGGAUGGAAGUUUGUGUUAUUACACAAACCGGUACAAGUUGAGUAUUCCUUACCCAGAAUCCCAAAAUCCAAAAUACAGUAGAGUCUCGCUUAUCCAACAUAAACAGGCCAGCAGAAUGUUGGAUAAGCAAAAAUGUUGGAUAAUAAGGAGAGAUUAAGGAAACGCCUAUUAAACAUUAAAUUAGGUUAUGAUUUUACAAAUUAAGCACCAAAACAUCAUGUUAUACAACAAAUUUGACAGAAAAAGUAGUUCAAUACACAGUAAUGCUAUGUAGUAAUUACUGUAUUUACGGAUUUAGCACGGAUAGGUUACUUUAGGUCAAGCAGUUGGGAGGCAAUCAAUAUACACGCAUAUUGAGGAGCUGAGAAUAAAACAAUGGACAAUGGGAUUUCAUGAUGCCAUAUUAUGCAAAGCAAAAAUUUAUGUCUGCUAUACAUCUUUGCUGCUUUGCUUGACAAGUUAAUUUUUUAAAAUCUAAAUUUCAAGGGAAAAUUGCAACCCACCUUUCGAGAUUCACGCAACAAAGUGCUUUUGGGUAGGAUAAUGGGGAUAUAGCACUUACUGCUAAUUCUCUGAGAAAAAUUGGCAUUCUGACAUAUUUUAGUUUAUGGUGAAAGUAAAGGCGUUUCUUGUUUCACAGCAACUAUUAUAUACUUCCCACAGAGGCCCCAAUCCAAUAAAAGUUCUGCCACACAUACACACAAAAAGAGUUGCAUGUGAAGUAAGGGUAUGGAUAGAGGACAUUGCAUAAAGGAUUUGAUUCUCCAUUGAGUAAAACAGAGGCAUUGGUAAUCUUUACCUAAUUUAUACACAAAGAUAGUAUGUUAUGCUAACGGGGUCAGAUAUUUUCUCUUUGGUGUCCCAACAAUUCCAGAUUCUCCCUCUUUGUCACAAUUAUUGCAUUUCCACGUACAAUUAGUAUAUUUGAGUUAAUGAGAAAGAUUAUUAUGGGUUGCUUCUUUACUUGCAGUUUACUUAGCUAUUAAAGCUACUUGGAUUUGGA